AUGAGAUAUCUUCGUUCUUGCCGUUUUCUUGUGAUAUUAAUUUUCACUAUUGGCAUCAGUACAUUGAUUUAUCGUCUACAUUCAAUAAAUAGAAAUCUAAUUGUACAUUCAAAAAAUAUUCUAUCAAAUAAAAUCAAUAAACGUUUACAUUUACUUCGCCAACAAUUUAGUCAUGUUAAUUUUUCCAUGUUACUCUAUAGAUCAUCUUCAAAUCAGUCUCAAUCAAUAACAUAUCGAUGCCGAGAAUGGUGUGGCGGAUGGGGUGAUCGACUUCGUGGUAUAACAUCGACAUUUAUCUUAGCUGUACUUACUCAACGAAGAUUUUACAUUGAUAUGCCUUAUCCAUGUGAAUUAACAAAAUUUUUAAUACCAAAUCUUUAUGAUUGGCAACCAAUUGAAUAUGAUAAAUCGAAUCGCAAAACAUUAUAUAUAGAAGCUACAGUAGAUAAACAAUUAAAACAAAAAAUGUAUGAAAAAAUUUCUUCAACAAAUUUCCUUAUCGAAUGGUCACAAUUUGAUGAUAUUUCAAUCGAAACAGCUAGUGAUUAUGUAACACCUGCAUUAGCUAAUAAGUAUCUACAAAAUAUAGUUCGUUUAUUAAACAUAUCAUCUAUUGAGUCUACACAAGCUCGUUUAUUUCCACUUCUCUAUGAAAUUCUUUUUCGACCAGCAGAUCAUGUAAUGACUAUGGUUGAUCAAUUAUUAAUCAAAUUAAAUAAUAAUAAAUCAGUUAAGAAACAAUUAAUUUGUUUACAUAUACGUAUUGGCAAAAAUCCUACAAUGAUUUAUGAUGAAAUUCGUACUUAUCGUGAAACAAUGGUUGAAGAUAUGAUUCAAUUUGUUGAUAAAAAUCUAACAAUCAAUAACAAUUCAAUGAUAUUUAUAACAAGUGAUUCGAUGAAAGUAAAUCAAGAUAUUCUUGAUAGAUAUAAUACAACAAAUCAAUCAAUAUCUAUUCCUGGUCCAAUCAUUCAUAUUGAUCGUCUAUCGUCAUUGUAUUCAUCUGAUGAGCGAUGUACAGGCUUUCUUAAAGUUAUUUCAGAUUUUUACGUUCUUGGCGAAUGUGAUACAUUAAUUAUGGCUCGGAGUGGUUUUAGUGAAUGGGCAAGUCGGCGACGUUAUUUAAUAGGUCAAUUCAAUCAACUCUAUUUAUAUUGUCGAGGUAUUUAUCAAAUUACUGGACACCAAUGGAAACGACCCUAUAACAUAUGUUAA